AUGAUAACUAUUGUUGAAGACAGCGAAAUAUCAAAAGAUGCUGUUAUAAAGCUGUUUAAAAAGCUGAGAGCUUUAAUAAGUGAACAUGAGAUUGAAAAUUAUUUUACUGAUAAUCAAGUUGGAAUAGAAGAUGAAGAUGGGCAAGAUCAUCCAACUGUAGAACUUGAUGAAACUCAUAUUAUGACUAUGGAUUAUGAUCCCAAAUGGCUAUUCGGAAUUUUUGACAGAGGAACAGAAGACUAUAGAUUUUACUAUGUAGGCAACGAUAGAACUUGGGAAAAUUUAUCAGGAUAUAUUCUAAAUGCAGUAUCAAACGAUCAAACGAAUGCUACAGAAGUAUUUACAGAUGGCUGAGCAGCUUACAGACAGCUUCCAACAUUAGGAUAUCGCCAUUCAAUUGUUUUUCAUAAUCAAGACUUUGGGAAUUGGAAGGCAAACAACUAA